AUGGAAAGAGCUAGAUCAAGAUCACGUUCACCAGUUGAAGAUGAAAAGAAAAAUAAUGAAUUAAAUGGUGUUAAUGGUGAUAUUAAAGAUGAAGGUAGAGAUAAGGAGAUGAAUAAUGGUAAUGGUGUUGCAAAAAAAGAGAAUGGUGAUUCAAAUAUGAAAGAAACUUCAAGAUCACCUUCAAGAUCAAAGAGCAGAGAUCAUUCAAGAGAUAGAAGUAGAGAUCGUUCAAGAGACCAUUCAAGAUCAAGAGAUAGAAGCAGAGAUCGUUCAAGAGGUGGUGAUCGUUCAAGAGAUCGUUCAAGAGAUAGAUCAAGAGAUCGUUCACGUUCAAGAUCAAAUAGAAGAAGAUCAAAUAUCGAUUUCAACCUUUUAGCUGAACGUAGAGUCUAUGUUGGUCGUAUUUCUCAAAAAACAACCAGACAAUCACUCGAAGAUGCCUUUACCAAAUUUGGAAGAGUUUUAUCAUGUGAUGUUAAAAAUGGUUAUGCUUUUGUUGAAUUUGAUAAUGAUAAGAGUGCCAGAGAAGCUAUUGAAGAAAUGCAUGAUUCCAUGGUCGACGGUGAAAAGAUUCUUGUUGAAAAAUCCCACAGUGGUAAAAAACAUCCAGAUGAAUGCUUUAUUUGCAGAGGCCGUGGUCAUUGGGCUCGUAGUUGUCCAAAAGGAAGAGAUUAA